AUGAGUCCAUAUUGCCUAGGACACGAACUAAUGGUCUGCCUAGCCGUACUGCCACAGCAUGGAAAGCUUUUCCAUCCAUGGAUAUCCUGUAUCGGUCUGGUUCCUGCCGUGCUUUGCGAAAUCUCCAAAGUGGACGACGCCACUCUGAUCAGUGCAGACCAAGACCCAUCUCGUGUUCAGGUGAAAUGCAGUACCCAGGUCCAGGCACCCAACAGAUCAUCUGUUCUCAUGAAAGAGCGCUUGAUCGCGACAACUCAAGCCAGCUCAAGUCAUCGGGACCGUGCAUUGAUGAGAGGCGGUCUCGAAAUGGGGGCUGAGUCACUCGCAGUGUUGCCGAAUGCUCGAGAGCCGGCUGACUGUGGCAAACCGCUACAGUUAGGUGUCUAUAUGGCAAUCGUUAGUCAUUAA